GAAGUAAGGUCGCAUGCUUUCCGGUGAAGGACAUAACCUCGUGUAGCAACCUCAGGACACAUUAAAAGAUGGCAGGUGUUAUUACACGAUCACUUUCAAGGACGGCAAGUUCACUGCUGCGAAAUUCACACCUGGCAAAGCAGUUAUCUAGGACGACAGUGAGAAACUUCAGUCAGCUUCACCGGUCGUCACCAUCGCUGCUUGUUUCAGCCUCUAGUCAACCCAACAUUCACGGAAAAACGUGCAGAUGCUGUUUGCAUACACAGGAUGAUCAGGAUUUUUCCAGUUACCUUGCAGAAGAAAUAUCUACAGAAAAGAGUACCAUGAGAGCAGUAACAAGUAUUUCAGACUGGAAAAUAACCAAAGAUAAUGCAGAGGUGAAACUGGAAAAAAAUGUAGAUAAUGAAAGUGUGACAAUUACAUUUAAUAUGAAUAAUGCCACAGGUAGUGAGCAGGCUUUAGAGGGUGAAGGAUUAGAAGGAGAGAUCGAAGCAGAUCCACCUUUUAAUGUAGAAAUAAAAAAACCAACAGGUAAAAUAAUGUACUUUGAAUGUACAAUGAUCCCCGCAAGUGAACAAGGUGGGGAUGCAAAUAUGGAUGAAGUAGCUGAUGCUUUUGAAAUCACAUCUGUGACCAUGGAUGAAGGCAAGCUUAAAGAGGGUACCUUUACAAUGUUUUCUGAAACCAUGGAUGGGCAAAUCUACGACAAGCUGAUGGACUUGCUGGAUAACCGAGGUGUUGGAGAUGAAAUGAUAGCUGCAAUGAGGGAAUUCUGUAGAGCAUACGAUCACCAUCUUUAUGUGAACUUGUUGUGUAAAAUGAAAGAAUUUGUGGAUGAAAAAUAAAUUGUUUCUGUACAGCACUGUACAUGGAUCAAGAUGCUAGACAUUUUUAGGUACUGUAUGUGAUGUUUAAACCAUACAACUAUCUCUGUGAAGGGUGAACAAGAGGUACAAGGAUUUCAAUUCAGUACAAUUUUACUGCCGAUUUUCUGUGUAGAUAGCAAUGAAGUAAUGAUGUUAUAUUCAUCCAGUAAUAAGUCCAGGGGACCAUCACAUUGACUCCUGGGGUGGUUUUAAUAUUACAGGAUAAUAGAAUACUAGUAAAUAGUAACAUUUGCUGGCAUUUUCACUGAACUUCAAUAGACAAUAACGGGCUUACUAUCAAGCAAAGGCGUACUUUAUUAUAAACAUGACAGUGUUUUGGUAAAGGUACGUGUAUUAAGUAUUUUACAAAAUAUAUAAUUAUACACUACACAAGUGAUGUCAUUCGAACAUGCUGCAAGUACAAUGUAUACAGUACAGGUGACUAGUCUAAGGCAAGGAAAUGUUCUCGUCCAAUGUGUUGAUGAUUGUUGUAUGGAACAUAAUGCGAAACAUGGUAUUUAUGUAGAAUUAUUCGACAAACAAUCGCAGAAAGUAAAUUAGUUUGAUUAUAUUUGAAAUACUGCAGUUCAUUUGACCAUGGACGCCAUGCUGAGUUCAUUUGACCAUGGACGCCAUGCUGGUAGUGUUGACUAUAUAUGGGUGUGUCUUAAACAAAAUAAAGAUCAAAUUACUUA